AGUUAUGCCAUAUUCAGAUGUCAUCUGGAAUUCAAGGUUCUCAUAUGUCGUUUUCCCUCAUCCCUUCCACGACUGCUUGGAAGUGUUUCCUUAGCCUUCGCAAUCCCCCCCAAAACCAGCUUCCUUCGAUUCUUUCCCCUCAUGACAUGAUCCCACAUGUGCAUCCCAGUCCCCUUAAUAAGGGACAUCUGCGCAUGUGACCUGCGAACUAAAGGCCUGUUUGGGCUGAGAAAAAAAAAGAUAAUCUUACAUUGUGAGUUUUCUUCGCAGAGAUCCGGUUAUCUUCUUUCCUUUCUUCAUUUUUUGGUUUUGUUUUGUUCGACAUGGCCAAAACCAAAAAGCGUACCAAGGCAAACGGCCAUGGGAACAGUUCAUGUGGUCACUAUCAGACAUUUGGCAAUACUCAGAUGCCCGCUCCGAAAUGCAAAUCUUCGUUCGCGUCCGAGCCGCUGAUUCCUUUCUUCAAUCAGUCGCAGAAUGUAUCGUACACUCACAUAUCUGAUACCCAGGACAAUGUUAUGUUUGGUUCUGGUUUCUCCACUGAAUUAUCUUCUCCGACGUACUAUCAUCAAAACUCUUUGAAAAAGGAUGACAAUUUCUUAAUCAAUAUCCAUACGACCGAGAUUCCAGCAUCAAUGCCUCUGGAUUUACCGCUGGAUCAGAGCUCCUCUGACGUCAGUAGACAAGUUUCAAUUGAAGAAGACGUUUGCUUUCCAUCGCAGGACGAUAGGUCAAAGGAAACGAUCGAUUUUGACGCUUUGGAAAAAUUGGUUGCUAAAGAACAGCAUUAUGAUUACCAUGACAUUACCCCACGACGAAGAAUACCAAGAGCUUUAUCCACGCCGCGGUUCCACCAUUACUAUGACGAAAAUAUGAAGUAUGUAGAAGCAGAGGAUAGCGAUGAUUACCGUAUUGCUUUCUAUUCUCCUGCCGAACCAACUACCAUCCAUGCACGAACAUUGACAGAAAUUCCUUCGAUUGCCGGAGAAAGUUUCACUGAUAUGCUCAAAAAGGCUUAUUUUUGGAUCGAUAUAUUAAGUCCCACUGAUGCCGAAAUGCAAUCACUGAGCAAAAUCUUUCAUAUUCAUCCUCUGACGGCAGAAGAUAUCGCCACCGAAGAACCACGAGAAAAAUGCGAAGUUUUUAAAAACUAUUGCUUUGUAUGUUUUCGCACUUUUGAUCAAAAUCCUUAUUCCACCAACUACCUCCAGCCGAUCAGUCUGUAUAUUAUUAUCCUCAAAGAAGGGAUCCUUACUUUUCACUUCCGACCGACACCUCAUCCACAAAAUGUGCGCAAGCGUAUCAAGCAAUUGAAAGACUACAUUAAUGUGACACCAGACUGGAUUUGUUAUGGACUUUUAGAUGAUAUCACGGAUUCGUUUGCUCCGUUGAUCCGAGCAAUAGAGUUCGAGGUGGACUCGAUUGACGAACUUGUGUUGAUUUUGAAAGAGUCUGAACAAUCCGAUAUGCUACGUCGUAUUGGUUAUUGCCGUAAACGUAUGAUGGGGAUACUGCGGUUACUCGUGUCCAAACCAGAUGUUGUGAAAACAAUUAUCAAGCGGGGAGAGCUACGGUCUUCUGACGGCUCCCGAUCGACGAUUACUACUGACGUAGUGCUCUACCUCGGUGACGUUCAAGAUCAUCUUCUUACCAUGCUGCAAUCGCUCAAUCAUUACGAAAAGAUAUCCUCACGAUCACAUUCCAACUACCUGGCACAGAUAUCCAUUGAGAUGACCCAAACAAAUAACGAGAUUAAUGAUGUUCUGUCUAAGUUGACCGCAUUAGGAAGCGUGCUCAUCCCGAUGAAUCUGGUCACAGGAUUGUGGGGCAUGAACGUCCAAGUGCCCGGACAGUAUCAGGAAGAUCUUACCUGGUUCACUUGUAUAAUGUGUGCAAUUCUUACCUUUUGCGUUACUUCAAUCAUGCUCAUGCGAUUUUAUAAUAUUGUAUAAAUUCUGAUCUCAUGUACCAACUUUUUACUGUCGUUAAAGCUUCAUAAAACAAUAGAAUAUCGUCGAUAAGUUUUCUAGCCGAACGAAGAACAAUUGCCGUGCACCACACCGAGAAAUAGAGACGUUUCAUUUUUCGUUUGUGUCGUUGCUCUCUCUCAACAAACAAUCCUACAUGCACCAAAUUACACACAUCAUACGAUUGUCAGAACAGAAAAAAAAAAUUGAAUAAACUGUAACUCGUUAAAACAAA